GCUCCGCCACCGCCUCCCCGCGCGGCGCCGCUCGGGCCAUUUUGCGGCGCGAUGAGGCGGGAGCGGCGGUGAGCAGCGCUCGUCCCCGUCCCGCUCCUCUCCGCACCCCCCUCCCCUCCCCGCUUCGCCCCGCCGGGGCUCGGCCCCUCCGUGCGCGGGGAGCGAAGGUGGAAGGAAACCCAGCUAAGGGGACAGAGAGACCUCGAGCGCCCACCCCGCCCGCCCCUCAGCGCCGGCCCUCGGCGGCGCGGCGGAGCCAUGAGCUGGGGCACGGAGCUGUGGGACCAGUUUGACAACUUAGAAAAACAUACGCAAUGGGGUAUUGAUGUUCUGGAAAAGUACAUCAAGUUUGUAAAAGAAAGAACAGAGAUUGAACUCAGCUAUGCAAAGCAGCUUAGGAAUCUUUCAAAGAAAUACCAGCCCAAAAAGAACUCCAAAGAGGAGGAAGAAUACAGGUACACAUCAACUAGAGCCUUCCUAGCCACUUUAAAUGAAAUGAAUGACUAUGCCGGACAGCAUGAGGUCAUUUCAGAGAACAUGACCUCUCUUAUCACUGGAGAGUUAACACGCUAUGUGCAGGAGCUGAAACAAGAGAGGAAAUCGCACUUCCAUGAUGGUAGAAAGGCACAACAACAUAUUGAAACUUGCUGGAAACAACUUGAAGCAAGCAAAAGGCGGUUUGAACGUGAUUGCAAAGAAGCUGAUCGAGCACAGCAGUAUUUUGAGAAAAUGGAUGCUGACAUCAAUGUUACAAAAGCAGAUGUUGAAAAGGCAAGACAGCAAGCCCAGCUGCGACAUCAAAUGGCAGAAGACAGCAAAGCAGAGUAUUCUUCCACUUUACAGAAGUUCAACAGUGAGCAACAUGAUCAUUACUACACACACAUACCAAACAUCUUCCAGAAAAUACAAGAGAUGGAGGAAAGAAGAAUUGUGAGGAUAGGUGAAUCUAUGAAAACUUUCGCAGAGGUCGACCGCCAAGUGAUCCCUAUCAUUGGAAAGUGUCUGGAUGAAAUAACGAAGGCUGCAGAAUCAAUUGAUCACAAGAACGAUUCGCAGCUGGUAAUAGAAGCCUUUAAAUCAGGGUUCGAGCCUCCAGGAGAUAUCGACUUUGAGGAUUUCACACAACCGAUGAAGCGGACUGUCUCAGAAUCCAGCCUUUCCAACUCCAGAGGGGAUGGGAAGUCUGAGCCGAAGUUUGGUGGCAAAUCCAAGGGCAAGUUAUGGCCAUUCAUCAAGAAAAAUAAGCUUAUGUCCCUUUUAACAUCCCCCCAUCAGCCCCCUCCUCCUCCCCCUGCCUCUGCCUCACCCUCUGCUGUUCCCAACGGCCCCCAGUCUCCCAAGCAGCAAAAGGAACCCCUCUCCCAUCGCUUCAACGAGUUCAUGACCUCCAAACCCAAAAUCCACUGCUUCAGGAGCCUAAAGCGCGGGCAGACACAGUCUUUGUAUAUUCACAAAGAACUCAUGAAGAGGACUUUAGGGACACCCACGUGUGCCGUUGAGGCUAGGGAAUAUGUUCUUUCUCUCAAGCUGAUAACUCUGAAUACACAGGUCUGGAGUCUAAUAGAGGGAGCAGGUCCAGAAGACUUCAGCAAUCUCCCACCUGAGCAAAGAAGAAAGAAACUUCAGCAAAAAGUUGAUGAACUAAACAAAGACAUUCAGAAGGAGAUGGAUCAAAGAGAUGCCUUAACAAAAAUGAAAGAUGUGUAUAUCAAGAACCCACAGAUGGGAGAUGCAGCGAGUGUGGACCACAGAUUAGCAGAACUUGGACAGAACAUUGAAAAGUUACGACUGGAGGUUCAGAAGUUUGAGGGCUGGCUGGCUGAGGUGGAGGGCAGGUUACCUAUGCGGACUGAACAGGCCCGGCGGCAGAGCGGACUGUAUGAAGCCCAGAACACUUCAGCAGUAAACAGCUGUGCGCAGGACCGGGAGAGCAGCCCAGAUGGCAGUUACACAGAAGAGCAAAGUCAGGAGACUGAGAUGAAAGUACCUGCAACGGAUUUUGAUGAUGAAUUUGAUGAUGAAGAACCACUACCCACCAUAGGAACGUGUAAAGCGCUCUAUACAUUUGAAGGUCAGAAUGAAGGAACAAUUUCUGUAGCAGAAGGAGAAAUGCUCUAUGUAAUAGAAGAAGACAAAGGUGAUGGGUGGACACGAAUCCGAAGGAACGAAGAUGAGGAGGGCUAUGUCCCUACGUCGUAUGUUGAAGUCUAUUUGGACAAAAAUGCCAAAGAUUCCUAAAGGUGUUUGUGCUGGUGCAAGAACCUCGGGGCGAGCUUGUCACAGAAGGAGAAACAAAAUGGUCUGUUUACCCUGCAGGCAGUUAAAACACACCCAUGGAAAGCCAGACUCCCAGUCUUGUCUGGAGUUCCCACUUCAAAAAUUCAGACCUAAAUUCCAUCCCAGUAUCAUUCAGAUGCUUGCUCUUUUUCAUGGCAUGCUACUUGUGGCUCAGAUUAACUUAUCAGCCUUUCCCACUCUUCUGCCAGCUUGGCACAGCCCCUCCGUAAAACAUAACCAACACUUCCCUGCCCCCCCCCCCCCCAAUUCCUCCCACCGCUGGUCAAAGAACUGCUGGUUGCCCUUUGAUGCAGAGGGUAACCAGAGAGUCCCAAGCAUGUACUGGUCUAUGUUCUGUCCUCCCUUGUCCCUCAGUCCAUCUGAAUGUAUGCACUGGUCCAUCAGCAUUUCACACGGUGCCUUUAGUGCUAAUCCUGCAGGUAGUCUCAUCAAAUAGCUUGGAAGGGAGGUGCAUACAUGUGGAAAGCCUCCCCUGGGAACAGUGUUACAGCAGCUGGACUGGGCUUUGAAUUUGCAGAUAUUAAAUUUGAUCCACAUGCAUUUUUCAAUAUUCUGCUUUCCUCAAAAGGUCACUAAUACUUGUCAGCCUUUUUUUUUUUCUUUAAAUCUAGGCUGAUGCUCAUUCCAAGUAUUAAAUCCCUAUGACCUUGCUGUUUCCUGAAAGCCUUCAAGCUCACGUAUGUACGCUUGUUUUCCUGCUUGUUCUCUCUUCCACCUCCUCUUUAUUCCCCCCUCCUCUCUCAUUCCUCUUUCUCACACACACACAGACACACAGACACACACAGAGACACUGGCAUUUUGGUUUGAAGCCCCAUUUUGCUCGUUACAAGGGCCUCCGUUUUGCUCUCGUUUCAGUCUGCAUGCUCGCCCUGUUGCCUUGCCUGCGCCCACCUUCCUGAGGGUCACGUUAUUUUGUGGCUCGUUGUUAAUCUCUUUGCAGUUUUCUUUUGUUGGUUUGUUUUUCAGCGUUUCAGACCUGCCUUCUCCUUUUGCAUGACCUCUUGUGCGUUCUCAUCAGUUAAUGUUUGAAUAACAGAAUUUUUUUAGAAAAAUAAAAGAGAAAAGAAAAAAAGAAACUGCACUCUAUUUCGUUCUCCCACCUUGUCAUGGACUGGACCUCGACCCAGAAGCCAGACAGGAAUCGUGACCAUCCUGUUCUCACAUGGUUUUAUUUGAAGCAGAAGUAGCAUGAUAAGUGAUGCUGCACUUUAUCAUGUCAUGCAGUGGAGAGAGAGCUAUAAUAUCUCCAAAUAUCACACGAUCUGGACCUCAACUGCCUAAGAAAGUGUCAGUUGCUUUCUAAACUUCUGUAUUACAACUGUUGGUGUCCCCUGAAUCUUUACCAUGCCUAGGAUUUUACAGUCAUCUUGUACAUGUUUGAGCCCCCUAAGAGUCAGUUGCUACUUAAUAGCUCCUGAGGGCCUAAUUUAUUCAGAGAUCAACACAUCGUUUGGGGGAAUCUACUUGCUCUUGGCGAACUUCAGCAUAUUUUGUAAAAUCCCCAGAAUUUGAGAAAAUUGAUACGGAAGCCACUAUGGGCAGUGACCCUAAAGUGAAACCUCUCAGGUUUAGUUUGCAGACAAACGUCUGUCUUGUUUUGCUGUCUGCUGUGCUUUUGUGCAGGGUCAGCAUAUAGAAAUGUGCCCAAGAGCCAUGUACUCUCCAUGUUGGGGAUUGCCAAGGUCAUCCCCACUCAGGAUGAAGUAAUUUUUGAGUUGGGUUACAUGUUGUGUUCAUAACUCUGUCCCUUUCUCUCCAUUCAAGUUACCAACUUUUAUUUUUAAUAGCACAAAGUCCCUCGGUCCUACAGUUAGUACUGUAGCUGUUGUAUAAUGGUGCUUAAUAUCUGCAAGCAUCAACCAGCAAAAGGUUAUGUUUUUUAAUCUAAUUCAAGUGGCUCAGGAGCCUGUAUUGAGAAGCAGGCGAUACCAACGCUGAAGCCGUUCAGCUACAGUGUUAGCGGCGUCAGAAGGGUCAUAAUCAAUUAAAUUACCAUGCUUAUCAUUGCUGCUACUGUGGUCACUUAACUGUUUAGAUCCAUGAGCCUCCGAUAGCAGAUUGUGAUCCACACGGUUGGCACCUGUGGCUUUGUACAAAGAUUUGUGCAAAGGCUUUGUUGCAUCCAUCUGUCAGGGGAUCUAAAUAGUUAAGCAGUUAACAGGUGUGCAAAAAUAUCUUUACAAUAUUUUUAGCUGCAGUAUUUUUAUUCUCGUGUCCAAUGCACUGUUGAAUCAGCAGCUAGAAUAAUUCAUUUUCACCUAUUGUUGUGCCAUCUAUGUAAAAAUUAGAUAAAAGUUUGCUUUUAUAUAUUUAAUCUAGGUGGACAGUAUAUUAUUGUCAGCCUCUGUGGAACAUUUGAACAAUUGCAAUGUCUGUGUUGCUAAAUAGCGCUUUAGAAGGAGCAUUAGCUUUAGCUGACUGAUUUCUUCAGAAGUUUUAUUAAAAGACCAUGUAUGGAGUUUUUAUAAACUUGGCAACUAAUUCCCAAAAGCCCAGAUCUUAAAACUUACUGCAAGGAAAAAAAAUAGUGAUAGUCAUGUAUUGUAGCCUACACAUGUUUAUUCUGCUGCCUUUAUUCAGGGUAACGAAUGAGUAAUUUUUGUAGAAUUUACCUUUUGCAAAAUCUGAAGGACUAAAUAUGUGACUGGUUUAUAAAAACUCUGCUUGAAUUUACUAAUCUUGCCCAGAAGUGUGGACUGUACAUCCUAUGAAAUCUCAUUAUCCCCAGCAAAAGUCUCUAAUGCCCUUUCUUAACACCUGUAAAUAGAGAAGAAACAUAUUUACUGAUACUGAAAGUUGUGUUUAAUGCUGAGUAUUUUUCAGAAGUUCAUUUAGUUUGAUGCAUAUUGUUCUUCGUUUUUUGUUUUCCUGCCUGAAGUGUCAAAAGACCUAAAAGAAGCCAAAUUCUAUUUUAACAUGAUGAUGUUGAGCACUUUUUUAUUUGUAUAUGUGUGUGUAUGUGUGUUUGAGCACUGAUCUCUAGAUUUUGGUGGCAUCUCAGUGUUGUGAUUUCAUUGCCAAUGUAAAAGGUUCUGGUGUUGCCCAUUCAUUUCUGGAGACAGAAUUCAACCAAAUAAAGUGCUUCCAUUUGAAAGCGAA